AUGGUCAUCAUCUCGCAGCUCAACUACGGUGGCAGUGGUGCAGCCUGGACGGGCCUGAAGUCCAACGACAAGUUCGCCGCAAGGAUCUCGGGCGUGCUCAUGGUCAACGAACCAGGCAGCUAUCAGUUCAAGAUGACCGCGAACGAUGCAGCCGCCGUUUACAUCUCGCAUAAGAAGUUCUUGGCACUUACCGGCUGUCGCAACAACGCCGGGACCAAGGAAGGCAAGCAGGAGCUGAAGAUGGGAAGCUGGCCGUUCGAGGUCUACUUCUACGAGAAGAGCGGCCAGGAACAGCUGACGCUGGAGUGGAAACCUCCCGGCGUCAAAAAUUGGCAGGUCGUGCCCGGGUCUGCGUUUGCUCACAUGGCCGAUUCGACGAUGUGGAUGCCCACCUCAGCCGUGGCAAAGGGCUGCAUCGGAAACACUGCCAUGGGUGGGCUGAAUCCUGGGCUUUUCACCAUGAAAGAUCUCUCGAAAGGCACCAAGAUGGACUGCCGGUUCAUCCCACUUCUCUCCAAGGAUCUGCCCGUGACGAUCAAGACCAACCGCACCUUUCAGGGAUUCUUCAGCCCCUGGAACUGUGCGGACUACCCGGGCACGGAGGGCAGUGACCAAGAGAAGUGUGAAGCCGGGAAUGAGGUAGCAACUUCUCCAUGGGUAUACCAGUACAACCACGACCGGAACACGGCCGAUAACCCCGUGUGUGGCACGAAGAGCUGUUGGUGCUGCAGGCGGCCCAAGGGGAGUUCGGUGGAUGGCUGGCCGAAUUGGUGGGAAGACCUUGAGCAGUGGGAGAUGGGUUGCCCUCCUGGCAGAGUGCUCCAGACUGUCGACUUCCUCAAUGUCUCGGGCGUGUUUCACGUCAAGUACAUUUGCGCUGCCUCCUCGGGUCUUGGGCAGUGCUAUCCCGGCUGGACGGACCAGAAGGAUGCCAAGGAGUUCAAGGAUACCGAUUUAUCGAGGGGGGUUCUCAGCCGUCUGAACAUCGUUUGUCCUGGACAUGAUCUCCUUCAAUCUGUCCACUUCGAGUUUUCCACAGGUGGCCUGUGGGCGCGCUUCAAGUACAUGUGCUGCCGAGAAGGAGGUGCCCCUGUGGUGACUUUGUCGCAUGGCCAAGACCGGCCAGCCAUCCACGGCUCCGAGGGCACAUACUGCCCUGAAAAAGCCGGCGCAUCGGGCCGGAUGGACUACGUCCAGAGGGCCUUCGGCAGGUGGCAGACCACCUCGCCCGCCAAGUUGACGUUCAGCGAGGAGACCGGGAAGUGGUGCAUCGGAGGCGGCUGCUCUGCCGAGACGGAUGCCUUGGAUCCUUCCGGCUUGAAGCUGGGUGGUUUCGAGGUCACCAUGGCGGACGACUUCGAUGGUGAUUUCAAGGCAAAAGGGGUCUCUACGCCGAGCGGUGGUCUUUUCGGCCCUGGCGACGUGCCGGAGGUCAAGCCGCCGCCUCCGCCAAGCAGGCCAAAGGCUCCGGCGAAGCCGAAGAUGGAAAAGUUUGUGGCGGAGCAGCCAAAGUACUCCGACAAAUGUGUCAACUACGGCGAUCUGUGGAAGAAGGUGCAGGAGACGACGACGAAUGAGGCGGGAGAGAAGGAGGCCAAUGCCAAUGAGCUCGAAACCGAGGAGGAGUCGGCGGCUGGCGCCCAGGACAUGCACCCAUGCGAUCUGGCCAAGACUUUCGGCGGAUUCGCGAGCACUCCAGCUGAACAGCUUAGUGUAGCACGGGUGCAAGACACGGAAUCGAUCUUCACGAAGGGCACUGGUCUCAGCAACGCGAUGCAGAACACGUUUUGCAUCGGCUUGCCGAACGUCGUUAUCGCCCCCAUGGGUGCUGGCACCGAAAUCAAAGCGGGCGAAGCCUGCAAAUCGAUCAUCUCCCUUGCGUGGGCCAAGAUCAUGAUGAAGAGGAACUUGGCCUACUUCACCUGGAAGCACGCCGUCGUGAAUCCGGAGAAGGCCCGAGAUUGCAAGCCCUUCCGGGCCACCUUCGCACGCAUGUUCUGCGACCUCCACUGCGUGCGGGAUGCUGUCAUUCGAGGCGACCGAUCGAUCCUCCGAAACCUGCAGAAAGCCACGGAUGUCACAAAUGGCAACACCGAGAAGCUCGCAGGGUGGAUUGUCAAGACUGCACAGCUGGAUGCUGGCUGGCUGGGUGAGAAGAUUGAUCACCAGUCUCUGGUGCAGGGCAUCGAGAAUAAGAAGGAGUUCACGGCGAUCAGGGAGAUGCUCGAAGGUGCGGCGCUAAGGAGCAAAGGCCUUAGGACAUCGCUUCGAGGCGGCGACAAGAAGGAGUUGUUCUUGGCCAUCAACCAGCGCACGAAGCAGAUGCAAUCCGAGAUCCUCGACUCAUGCGCGGAGAAGUUGAGGAAUACGUACCUACAGUCCUCGAUGCGCUUUUUGAGCUGUAGCACUGGGUUGUAUUGCAAGCGCUUCGUGUCGUCCGUCUCGGCCCAGCCGCAGGUCAAGCGGAGUCGAGUUAGGCAUGCCGCAGAGGCGCAAAACGGAGGGACGAGUCACAAGGGGAUUUCAGCCCCGGCCCACGAGUCCACAGGAAAAAGGGGGAAGGGGGAGGAAGGGAUGAAGAGAAGUGCGGAACCGCGGUCACUGUGUUGUGGGAAUCUGGGAUUGGGCUCUGUGGAGAAGUGUUUGCCGCUCCUCCUUACGGUCUCUGCUGUCGCCAUGCUGUGUCGUCCUGUUGUAGACUGA